GCGCAAGAGCCCGCCCCGCCAGAUCCCGGCGCUCCGACACCGAAGCGGAGCGGCGCCGCAGGCCCGAACCCAGCCCCCACCCUGGUGCCCCGCGGCAGGAAGAGCAGCGGCCCCGGCCUCGCGCUGUUGCCAGCCGGCCCCUCCUGCGCCCGCCGCCCCCCGUCCCCGGAGCGCCAGGCUCCCGUCGCUUUCCUCUUCCCCUCUCGCCCGCCCGGCUUCCGCGCGCCGCCGGCCGCCAACCCGCUCGCCACCAUGUCCGUGGAGCUGGAAGAGGCGCUGCCGCUGACCCCGGCCGAGGAGGCUCCCGGCACCCCCGAGAAAAAGCCGGCCAGCAAGAAGGCCAAGGCGGGCUCGUCGUCGCUGUCGCCCUCCAAGAAGAAGAAGAACAACAAGAAGAAGAACCAGCCGGGCAAGUACAGCCAGCUGGUGGUGGAGACGAUCCGCAAGCUGGGCGAACGCAAUGGCUCGUCGCUGGCCAAGAUCUACAACGAGGCCAAGAAGGUGCCCUGGUUCGACCAGCAGAACGGGCGCACCUACCUCAAGUACUCCAUCAAGGCCCUGGUGCAGAACGACACGCUGCUGCAGGUGAAGGGCACCGGUGCCAACGGCUCCUUCAAGCUCAACAAGAAGAAGCUGGAGGGCGGCGGCGGCGACAAGAAGGGCGCGGGCGCGGCCGCCUCUCAGCAAAAGGCCAAGAAGGCGGCGGCCGCGGCGGCGGCCCCGGCGCGGCGCGGCGACAAGAAGCCGGCCAAGGCCAAGAAGCCCGAGAAGCGCUCCCACAAGAAGGGCGCGAGCGGCGGCAAGAAGGACAAAGGCAAGCCCAAGAAAGCGGCCAAGAAGGCCUCCGCGGCCGGGGGCAAGAAAGUGAAGAAGUCGGCCAAGCCCAGCGUGCCCAAGGUGCCCAAGGGCAGAAAGUGAGCGCCCCGCGGCCGGGGGAGCUAGGGGGUGGGCCGCACGCUCCGGAGCGCUGGGGCCGCCCGGUCGGGGGAGGCCACUCCCCCGCCCCCCUCUCGGCCGCCUCCUCGUCUACCCCCGCCUGCCCUGCGGUACCCAAGCUGUGACAGCCGCCCCCGCCGAGCGCCCACCUCCCUCCGCCACGGACUGAGCGAGUCGCCCGCGGCCCGAGAUCGGGCGGAGAGGCGCCGACUUGCGGCCCCGACAACCAAAUGGUUAUUUUUGUAACGUUUGGCUCGGGGGCGGGGGAGGGGACGGUUUUUUUUUUUUUUUUAAACCCUUUGUGUAGGUUUUGUACUGUUUGUUUACAGGGCAGCCCUACCUCCAGCCCCUGGACAGCGUUCCCGGUCGGAACCCCGGGGGUCGGGGGGGAGGGGACGCAGGGAUGCGUCGGGAUGCCUGAGUGUUAACCCUCCCACUGCUUUGCCUUCGCGGAUCCCCGCCCCCGACUGCUGUAGCGAUUUUUUUUUUUUGUUGUUUGCUUUAGAAUUUUGAAACAGCCCCGGCGACGCCCUUAUUGGCUCUCGCUAUUGGCAACAGGACGGUCGCCUUGGCGACGGGUCCUUGGGCUCCAAUUGCUGGAGCUCGCGUGCGCGGGGGGAGGGGAGCCGCCCCACCUUCCUCCUGGGCCGGGCCCAGGCGGGCCCGCGCCGCUCCCCCCUGCUGGGGGCUGGGGUGAAGGGGACCAGGGCUCCCCGCCCGCGACUCGGGGCCCGGCGGGAAAUGGAUGCCUUCUGUGCGCAAU